CGUUCUAGACACAAACGACCAUUUCUUAGGAUAUUCUUAAAUAUUUAGUUGUGAUAUUCCUUGUGGUAUAUUUUAAAUAAUAUUAGAAAAAAUGCACAAGUCAACAUUUGUGAUUGUCGCAAUUUUGCUAAUUGGUGAAGUUUGUGCUUCAUCACUCAUCCCUCAUCAGCGAUCAAUUUUGGCCCGGAGGGCAUUCUGCAAACUAAUUCGUGAUGAAGAGCAAUGCAAGGGUGGAAGCUACAUAGAUGAAUUUUGCGGAAAGACCAUGUGUUACCGGUUACCUGGGGAAGUUUGUGAUAUGCCCAAUUCAAGCCCCAUGAAUGGAAAUUGUCACCCGCUCCUUACCUGCAACUGUGGAAAGUGCUGGGGAUGCGUUAACGUAAAUGGGGUGCGAAUGUGCGACGAAAUGGACUUGUGUUCAGUAAAUAAGAAAUUCACGUAUCAGAAAAAACAUUCCAAUUUAUUCAACUCCGACUAUUACUAUUGAUAGUUGUGUAGCAUGUCUUACAUAAAUACCCACAAAGGAUACUAUUAUACUACCCAAAAAUUGCAAAACAGGGGAUAUAAUCACCCUUUAAAAAAUUUAUAAAAAAAGCAAAUUGAUAAAAAUGCUUACGCGCAUAAUGUGAUAAAAUUAAAAUAAAUGGACGCUUGA